CCAUGUUUGCGUCCCACUUUCACGCGUUUUCAGACUUUUGUCCCGUUGGCGGCGUGUCUGUCCAGGGAUUCGUGGUCAUGGGCGUUGGACACGGAGGGUGAGAGAGGAAGGAGAGGUGUGACAUAAGAGUCCCGAACGAGCAAUCCAAGCGGGACGCCAUGUGGACGACGACUGUCCUCCUCCUGAUGCUGUCCCCUCAUCUGCCGUCCUCCGCUGAGACGGCAAAGACCCUCAACCAAUCAGAGGCGGAGGUCAAGGAAGACUUCCCUGACGCACCUGCUGACACUGGCCGGGGGGGGGGAGGGAGGGGUCAAAGGUCGCGACACCUGCUCCAUCCCCUGUGACAUCACCAUCCGGCUGCUGCGGGAUGAGAAACAGUCCAUCUGUGGCCAGCUGCAGCAGUCGUUGUUGGCGUUCGGCCGCAGCAGCAGGAAGUUGAUGCGUGACGUGAUGGAAGAACAGCAGCGAGCUCUGGACGUCCUCACCAGUCAGGUGUCAGAGGUGAUGAACAAAGUGCAGGCGCUCAGCGCGGAGGUGCAGCGGAGCAACGCCGACAUGUUCGCCGCCAAGCCUCCUCUAUCGCACGGGCGAGACUGCAGCGACAUCAAGGACAGUCUGAUGUCCCUGGUCCCCAAGAUCCCCAGCGGGAUUUACAUCGUCAGCCCGGACGACUCGGACUCGUCCUUCGAGGUCUUCUGCGAGAUGGACUACAUGGGCGGGGGAUGGACGGUGAUGCAGCGCAGGACCGAAGGCCUGGUGGACUUCAAGCGACCCUGGGCGGCCCACGUGGACGGCUUUGGACACCUUGCAGGUGAGCACUGGUUGGGCCUGAAGAAGGUCUUCGACAUCGUCAACCAGAAGGAGACUCGGUUCCAGCUCCACGUGGCCCUGGUCUCCCACGACGACGUCACCUCCUACGCGGCCUACGACGACUUCCGCCUGGACAACGAAACUCACUUCUUCCGCAUCCACCUGGGAAGGUACGCCGGCAGCGCAGGGGACGCCUUCCGCGGCUACGAGCAGGACCAGAACCAAGACACGGCCCCGUUCAGCGCCUCGGACGUGGACAACGACGGCUGCGACCCCUCCUGCUCCAUGGGGGGGCUGACGGUGGAGAGCUGCAGUGCCCGACAUCACCACACGGGGUGGUGGUUCAACCGCUGCGGCAUGGCCAACCUCAACGGGGACGCCCGGCAGGACCCGGGGCCUCGGACCGCGGGCGUCCUGUGGGACACCUGGAGACACAACGGAGUGGCCCGAGUCAUUAAGUCUGUCACCAUGAAGAUCAGGAGGAUGCCGGCUAAUAACUAACACAAACUGUUUGCUAACCCCCAUUGAAAAGUCAUUAAAGGUAGAAUAUUGAUGA